AUGGUCGGCGCCAUUAGCCGCUGGGUGCCGGUGCAGCGCCGUCGUCUUCACCGUGACACGAUCGAGGGCUUCAACUCAGCUGCGAAGAGACGCCAGCCGCCUUGCCCGCUCAGCAGCACCCUCGAGCACUCGAGCAACGCCCAGGGCUUCGCAUCGCUGGGCCAGGUCCUUCUUCGGCGCCUUUUUUGGCGACCUGGCAUUACGCACUUCGACGAGCCCGGCCCAAUCACAGAACCUCACCAUCCACAUCCUGAGGCUGUGCUCGCGGAAGCGGUUAGAGUCGCGAGCAGCCUGUCAUCAUUCGCCCACUCGUUUGCUUGCGCGCCUCUGCGCGAAGACUUGCCCGCAUUCGAGCGCCCUUCAGCCACGACGGGGAGAUGGGGCUGCGCUCCUUCCAGUUCCUUCCAGUUCCCAGUUCGGGGAGCAGGUGCAUAUGGUAUGAGCCCCGACCGCGAGGCCUCACCCUCAGGCUCGCUCACCCGCAUGCAUUUUCAUUUGCCAAUACACUCCAUUGCCGUCCUUCGCACCAGGUCCCGGUGCAUCGCUGUCUGGUUCAUCUGUCCCAAGGUUUCCCAAGAAUAA